AUGGAGCUACCAGACAACCCUCCCAGGGUCAACAUCAGGAAAGAGAUUUACGAGACGCUUCCUAACACGGCAGAGUUGUUGGAUGAUUGGGACACCAUCAACGCCUGCGAUAUCUCGAGUGGCGUAGUUUCAGGCCUUUCGAAGGCCCUACAGCAGGGGCAACACCAUGCCGUUGAAGCCUUCUUCGCCGAGCCUUCCAGUCACUGGAAAGAUACACUAUCUUUCACAGCUCACAUCAGAACCUUCAAUGGCAGGGGUGUCAUCGCAUCUGCAUUACUGGAGCUCUUCACUCUUCGCAAGGCCCAGGGCUUCCAGUUCGAGAAGGCGCAAGUUUUGUCGGCCACCAGAGAGCUUAAGUGGCUCGACUGUGAAUUCAGCUUUGUAAUUGGUUCUCCCAAGGCUCUUUGCCGAGGAAAGAUGAUGCUUGUUCCUGGCGGCCGUGAAUCAGACGAACACGAAUGGAAGAUUUGGUCCAUGAGCACAUACUUGGCCGAGUUUGAGGACUUUCCCGAGGAUGAGAGUCUGCUCAGAGCCCCUUCGGCUCUUGUGACGGACGAUAGCCACAUCUCUACAAGUGUGCUGGUUGUCGGCGGGGGUAACGCAGGCUUAAUCCUGGCGGCUCGACUGAAGGCCUUGGACAUUGACUAUGUGGUCAUCGACCGCAAUUCAAGGGUGGGGGACAACUGGGCGUUGAGAUACGACUGCAUGCGCUUCCACGUCUAUAAGUCAUUCUGCGAGACGCCGUACAUUCCGUAUCCCCAGGCUUCCAAUGACGGUCUCACCCGAGACCAGCUAGCCGACCAGAUCGUGGCUUUCGCGAAAGAGUUCGACCUAGACCGCCGCGUUCUACACCGCACGACAAUAGCUGCAACUCAAUACGACGAAGAGAACAAGACAUGGAGUGUUGAGAUACAGACAGCGGACCUUCGACGAACCCUAACCUGCAAAUGUAUGGUCCUUGCCACGGGCGGCGCCGGCUUCGCAGGUCCCGCGCCCCUGCCAGACCUCCCGGGCCUGGAAUCAUUCAAAGGCCCCAACAUGCACUCGGCAUCGUAUCGCACUGCUAGCGACUUAGUUGCAGCGGGGGCAAAGUCCGUUGCCAUCAUCGGCUCCGGGAACACUGCAUUCGAUGUCUUGGUCGACUGCCAUGAUGCUGGCCUCAAGACGACCAUGGUACAACGAUCAGAGACGUAUGUCGUUCCAAUGACGUACUUUGCUCACCCGAUGGGUUUUGGGAUCUAUGACAUCCUUCCUGCGGACGACGCGGACGUGAUUGUCAACGGAGGCCCGUUGGCUAUCGGCGGGGCCCUUCUAGGGUUGGUUCACAGGAUGCAGGCUCAAGCAGAACCGCAUCGAUACGCGGAGGCUAGGAAAGCAGGGAUCCGCGUGCAAGACUCGCUGACUGGCGACCUGCUGGUCAACCUCAUCGACCGUUGCGGUGGGCACUUUGUAGACAUGGGCAGCGGCAUGGACCUCAUUACGACGAAGAAGGUCGGUAUCCGGUCCGGGGUCGUGCCCAAGUCCUACACCAGCAACGGCUUGUUGCUCUCCGAUGGCAGCCAUCUGGAGGCGGAUGCCAUAGUCUGGUGUAUCGGCUUCGGCCACACUGAUGGCCGAAAGAAUCUCCCAGAUACCCUGGGUAUUGGAACAGAUGACAUCGCGAGACGGCUCGAGCCCACAUGGGGUGUGGACGCUCAGGGCGAGAUACGUGGGCUCUGGAAGCGGCACCCCGGGGUCGACAACCUCUGGAUGUUUGCUGGUGGGACGGCCCAGCAUCGGUGGUUCUCAAAGGUGAUUGCUUUGCAGAUCAAGGGAAUCCUUGAGGGAAUCCUGCCGGACGCUUACAGACGUACACCAGAGGCACCUGUUGCUGGGGACCGGAGAGGCGGGGAAACGUGGGCUCCAAAUUUGUAG